AUGCAGCAAAUGGAGGUAGCUGAAUAUGCUAACGAACGACCGAGACGCAAGCAGAAACGCAAUGGGGACGCAAAUCAAAGAGACAGAAGACUCUGUCAGCUGCUUUUCCUCAGCUUUGGCGUGCUGUGCAUCGUACAAGUCAUUCUCAAUGUUUCCCUACGUCUUUCAGACUGCUCAAGCAAGAACUCAACCCUCUCGGACUGCAAUACAACUCAUUUUUGUGACCAGAACAACGUAAAGACGAUGCAAAAGAAUUGUGAGGGAAAGAGGCCUGAUCACUGCGAAGGAUUAGAAGACAAAGUCAGCGCCUUAACCGCUACAAGAAACGAGCUUCAAAACAGAAACAAUGAACUCACCAUCAGGAUAAGAAAUGUGGAGGAGGAGAGGGACAGGCUGAGAGAGAGGCUUGGGGAGACGAGUCGUUGUGCAUCCACUCAGCAGUGUCCUACAGACUGGACUGAGAUUAACUCCAGAUGUUACUUCCUCUCCACUGAAAGGAAGACUUGGGAGGACAGCAGGAAAUACUGUCAGAGUACAGAUGCAGACCUGGUGGUGAUCAACAACGAACAGGAGCAGGAGGUGGAGCAGGUCAACUACCAAUCAGAAGAGUGGCUGUUUGAUCAGGAGGUAGAGCGGGUCAUGUAG